AUGGCGACGCCAUCCCUUUUCUCGAAGAUCCUGCUCCUCAGUUGCGCCUCGAGUAUUGUCCUUGCCUCCCACAUUCAUCCCGCUCGUCAUGGCCUAUAUUCCCGAGCCUCUGAAGUCAUCCCGACCGAUCUUCCUGGCAAUUGGACCUCUAUCGGAUGCUAUACCGACAAUCCCGGCGCUCGCACGCUCACGGGACCUUCGUUUGUCAAUACCACGGGUAUGACAAUUGAGUCCUGUGUGCGGUUCUGCGACGCGCAAUCAGCCAUCUACGCUGGGACCGAGUUUGCUCAGGAAUGUUACUGCGGCGAUACGUUCUCUAACGGCGGCACGAAUGCUUCGCUGACCGACUGCAACACACCGUGUACUGGCAAUGCUUCCGAGACCUGUGGCGCAGGCGGACGAUUAAGCGUCUAUUGGUCCGGCGAACAGCCACCGCCCGCGCCUGUGACCGCACCGAGUGUCGGGCUUUGGGUGUCCUUGGGCUGCUAUAAUGACUCCACAGCUUCUCGCUCUCUUAGCGUCGUUCCUGCCAUCACCGGCGGCUCGUCUAACAACAGCAUUCAGAGUUGCACGGCUGCCUGUUUCGCUCUCGGCUACCAUUUGGCUGGCGCCGAGUUCGCGGAUGAAUGCUACUGCGACACUGAACUACGCAAUGGGGCUACAUCCACGCCACUCACGGACUGUUCUAUGACGUGUUCAGGCAACUCAAGCGAGUUCUGCGGAGGACCUUCACGGCUCAAUGUUUAUAACUAUACCGGCGCGAAUCUUCCUCCAAUCAAACCGGUUGGAGGCGGAGGGGACGGAGGUGGCGCGAGUACCCCGCUGUUCCCGGUCACAACCGGUCUACCGACGGGAUGGGCGUACAACGCUUGCUGGGUAGACAAUGCACAUGGCCGGAUCCUCCCCACAGAGUUCCCCGACAAUGCUACCCUCACUGUGGAAGGUUGCGUGGAAUCCUGCGUCUCCCAGAACUACACGGUCGCUGGCAUGGAGUUUAGUACUCAAUGCUUUUGUGGGCAAGAGCUCAUCAAUGGAGCCGUCGUGGGUACGGAAUCCUCAUGCAGUAACGCUUGCGGCGGAAACUCGACAGAGGCCUGUGGUGGACCAGAUCGCAUGUCGAUCUACACCUCCUCCAAGAACCUAACGGCGCUUCCUGUGCCUGUCACUCAGAACACCUCUCUCCCAGGACAGUUCAAAUACGUCGGAUGUUUGGCGGAACCUGGAGCCCAGCGCGUAUUCCCGUACCAGAUUAUUAAUACGAACAACAACAGUGCCACAGCCUGUCUCACCCAAUGCGCAGCCUUCGGUUAUCCGGCAGCGGGUAUGGAAUUCGGCGAUGAGUGCUGGUGCGGUGAUGUGGCCGAUAUAGCUCAGAAUGGGGGAACGAUGGCCCCUGAGACUGAUUGCAAUGCCCCUUGCUCUGGCGAUCCGAUUCAUCUAUGCGGCGGUUCGCAACGCCUAUCUCUCUAUGAGUGGGAUGGCGAUCUCUACGUAUGGCACGAGCCUGAGAACAUCGGACGCUACGAGUACUUCAUUCCGGGUCUCAUUCCGCCUCUGACGGCUACGCUCGGCAAGAAUGGCAAGGUUUCGUUCCUCGAGAAGUUCGGGACCUCUGAGUUCAGUAACUCAACCGGCGCGUACGAGCUUGAUAUCAGUCUGGCGCCUGACUUCAAUACAGCCUGGCGUGAGAUGCACGUCAAGAGCGAUGUGUUCUGCAACGGCGCUCUCGUUCUCCCCGACAAGGACGCGCGUAUCCUCAGUAUUGGCGGAUGGUCUGUCGAUUCUCUCUAUGGCGUUCGUCUUUAUAUUCCCGACGGUGAACCUGGCGUCAACGGCACGAACGAUUGGGAAGAAGACUCCAGUGUUCUGAGGUUGCAGGAUCCUCGCUGGUACCCGUCUGCGAUGAUGAUGUCCAACGGAUCUAUCCUCAUCGUCGGAGGAGAGAACGGCUCAAACGGUCCUCCUGUCCCAACCCUCGAGAUCCUUCCCACCAUCCCCGGCUCGGGAACAAAGUUUUUGGACUAUUUGAACCGCACGGACCCCAACAAUCUCUAUCCUUUCCUGCAUGUUAUGCCCAGUGGCCGUAUCUUCAUCGGCUACUAUAACGAAGCCCGCCUUCUCGAUCCGCACACACUGGAUACCGCAGUCGUCUUGCCCAAUAUGCCCGGCUCGGUCACGAGUUUCUUGGCCGGACGGACGUACCCUAUGGAGGGCACUACCGUCAUGCUCCCCCAAUAUCCACCCUACACCGACCCGGUUACGCUUCUUGUCUGUGGCGGCUCGAACUUCGGCAUCGCUCUCGACAACUGCGUGUCUAUUCAACCAGAGGCCGCGAACCCUCAGUGGGUGAUUGAGCGCAUGCCGUCAAAGCGCGUGAUGCCUGCUAUCGUCACACUGCCCGACGGCACCUUCAUGAUUCUGAACGGCGCGCAACAGGGCGUCGCAGGUUUCGGGCUCGCCUCGGACCCCAACUUCUCCGCUUUGCUCUAUGAUCCCACUCAGCCCGUCAACCAACGCAUCUCUAUCCUUAACACCACCACCAUCGCACGGCUAUACCAUAACGAGGCCAUACUUCUUCCUGACGGUCGUGUCCUGGUGUCCGGUAGCGACCCCAAUCCCGACCCACCUUUCAUCUUCCCUGAAGAACUUCGCGUCGAAGUCUACAUCCCUCCUUACCUCAACCAAGGUCGCACGCAGCCCACAUACAACAUCACGGACACGGACUGGGCAUACGGCACUCAGCAUCAGAUCCACAAUGUUACUCUCUUCGAAGCGACGUCGUCGACUCACGGCAACGCGAUGGGUAACCGCAUCAUCUUCCCUGCCUACAGCUGCUCAGGAUCGACCUGCACGAUCACCGCGCCGCCCAAUGCCUUUGUCUCUCCUCCAAGCUGGUGGCAGCUGUUUGUUCUCGAUGGACCCACACCUUCGCAUGGCCAAUUUGUCCGCAUCGGAGGCGACCCAGCUCAGCUGGGCAAUUGGCCAGACUUCCCUGGAUUCACUCUGCCCGGUGUCUGA